AUGGCCACCGCCAACUUGACGCAACGGCCGGCUGGACCGAGUCGCGACAACAGCUUCGGCCUCCUGACGCCGGGACGCACCAGUCCGCCGUUGUGCACCCACAGCAGCAACUACUCCGACCUGCUAGGCCUGGGCGCCGAGAGUGAACAGGAGACAGCAAUUGUACCGAUAGCACUGGGUUCGAGUAAGGUUUUUGCUCGGGCGUAUUCGCAACAGGACAGUCGGGCCGAGACGACGCGCUCGGUGAACCAGGUCGACUUGAGCGAGCAAGACAACCAGAAGACGACGAUUCGUGUGCCAUUCCCCAACGAGGCCUUGGUCGACAUCGACUCCAGUUCGCGUAGUUCCGGAGAAACCCUCUCUUUCAUGCGGAUGACUCCGUUUCCACGGCAGCUCAAUGUACGCAUGAUCAGUAAACUCAUUUCCAAGGUUUACAAAGCGGCGGAAAACCUGGACCUGCCGGACAAAGACAGGAAAUUGCUGUUGCGCAUCUUGCGUGAAUUCAUUCAACGCAACACCAGCGAUUUGCAAUUGCAGAUGGCCUCCGACAGUUCGGGUCCCAGUGAGAAGGAGUCAAACCUCCAAGCCUCGUGUCGGACGACCUCAGACGCGGAUACCAUGACCAGCACGAGCCCAGUGCCUCCGGUUGUGCGGCCGCAGAUGCGUCAAAUCACCGAGCUCAGCCUGAUCGAGCUGCACAAGUUGUUGUUUUUGCAGAGCAGGAGCCGAGUUCAGGCCGUCAUCUAUCGGCUGAAACGACUCCGAGCGAUGCGGCAACAGGAGAUACUCAACCGAAUUGAGCACAGGAUGCACCUGGCCCGAUCCAAAGCGCCUCACGUAAAGGUGAUGAAGAACGGGUAA